AUGACAACGCACUUUGUGUUUGUCGAUGCAAAGUCGAUGGUGAUCAACAUGGAAAAUAUGGAACUGGCUCCACAUGUUGUGCAAGCAACCGAUGAUAGUGGAGGGAGGAGUGCACCUAAUUCGAAUGCAGCCUCGAGUCGAGGGAUGUUUGGUGACGCCUCCGAUGAAACGAGACAAAUCAAUGCAAUCGAGCAAGUUGGGGAUGGUGCUAUGGGCACUUUGAAUUUCGCCUCAGAUGCAAACUCGCACCGAAGUCAAGGAGAUGGUUCUUCGGAAGAAAUAAGUCGGAUCCAUAUUGUCGGGCAAGUGGAAGAUGCUUCAAUGGGAUCAUCAUCCCAUAUGACAAUUUCCACCUCACCGACAAACCCGGGCUCGAUCUCAUCCUCCUGGGAUGGCGACAAUGACGAGUUUUGUGCGGAGCUAGGCAGAGUCUAUAGGCGGGAGUUUAGAGGACAGACUGUUGUUUGGCCACAUCCUGAAGAGAAUAUCUUCUCCAGUGCAUAUGUCUGUCCCUUUUCUGGAGAAUGUUUUCUAUCGGGUGCGAUGGUAGAAAGGGGCUAUGCUGGGCUAGCUGGAGACUUGCAAUGGUACCAUUCGGAAGACGAGGCAAAGACUGCAGCUCUCAAACGGUUUUUUGAUUGCCAUCACUUUCGAAGGCAAGCACCGAACUCUCCGGCAGAUAUGAACCGCCACUGUCGCGAGGUACCAUAUCGAGAUACUGGUGACCCUGUGCUUCCACCAGCAUAUGUCCCUCAACAAGCUCGACAGAGAAUUCAGUUGUACCAACAAGAGGCUUUGGCUUCGGCUGUCCCGAGUAUGGCAUCUAGCGAUAUUUCUCCACUGACCUUUAGCAAUGGCUCACUCACGUUGAGGCCACCGGAACAAGAUACUAGAAUGCCUCCACAGAAUGGUGUGCUUGUUGCACCGUUGGUAGAUAGGAAUGCAAGAAGCGUUCUGAAUGAACGCUAUCAAGAUGGAAUCAUCAAUGGUCAUCACGUCCAGCAGUGCUCCAUCCCAGAUGCCAACUUCUUGGUGUACAAAAUUGGGUCUAGUGAUCAACCCUACUUUACAUGCAUGUUUGUCUGCCCACUUUUUGGCUAA